AUGGCUAAAUUGAGGAUAAGUUUAAUGCCAGAAUCAAAUACUAUACCAUUAUCGCCUAUAACACCUUUUAGUCCUGUUCACGAUAGGAUAGGAAACCCGGCGGCGAGGUUAAUGCGUCAAUUGAAAAAAUGGAAGAAAAAUGCAACUGAUGUAUGGAUGACACAACGAAUUUUGUAUCCAACAAUAGCAAUUGCAUUCUUACUAGCUUUCAUAUUUCAAUUAUCUUCUCCGGAUCUUAGUCUCAUUCCGAUGCGUAAGGAUUGUCCAAUAGGCCCUGAAGAUGCUUAUGGUCUUAGAAAUGAGUUGAUGGUCACUUUAAUUGUUGGUUCUUUUUCCUUCAUAAUGUUUUUUGUCUGGGAAUCUUCCGCAUCUCAUUUUAGAAUUUAUAUUGGAAGUUUUAUGUUUCCAUGGGUUACUCUGAUAUUGAGUCAUACCUUAUCAAUUACGAUACCUGUUUGGAAAUCGUAUAAUGGUUCUUUUGAUCUUUCAUGGUUUGCCGCAUUCCAUGAUAAAAGAAUUUCGCGUUCAAAGAAAUACGAACAAUUUGAAAAUGUUUUGGCUGAUCCUGAUUUGUUUAAGCUUUAUAAAGCUUGUGCUGUAGCAUGUUUCUGUACAGAGUUAAUCCUCUUUUUAGAAGAAUAUCAAUUCCUGAAAAUGUUAGUGGCCAAAUGUUGCACUCCAUCGAAAAAAUGUUUAAUUCCACCUCCCACUCCCAAACUUCACGUGUUAGACGGUAGUCACAUUACAUUUAGUGAAGAAACUCUAUUUAUAAAAGAUAUUUCUAUCUUACCACCGUUAUCACCAACAUCUUACAUUUCCACUCCAUGUACAAAGUCAAUUGUUGAAACAGUUUCUGCUGCCUCUUGGAUUCCAUUUCCUUAUGAACUUAGGUCUGACUAUAGAAUAUUUUAUGAUACUUAUCUGAAUCUGGAUUCAGAUUUGGCAAUUAAUUUUUCUGGAAGUAUCGUAAAUACUGCUAAAAAUAUGAUAGCUAAUGAUCAAUUUGAUUUGUCUAUGUAUGAAAAUGCUCGUAAAGAAACAUUGACUCUAUUAUAUGUUAACACUUUUGAAAAGUUUUUGCGUAUGUUUGAAUCUGAGAUUAGAA